AUGUCCGCCCCCGGCGAACACAACCUACCCACUCUCUUAUCCACAAUGGAACCCUCCCUAGAUCCCCAAACCUACACCUUCAUCACCACAACCCAGGCCCUACACACGCUCCCACUGGCGACCCUCCAACCUACCCUGAUCGUCCAAGAGAUCGAAGGAACCACUCUCGUGACCACCCCCGACCUCGCCGCAUCACACGGCUACCAGGGCGUUUUCCCUUGCCAAAGGAUCUCGUUGACGGUCCAGUCGAGUCUGGAAGCGGUGGGGCUGAUUGCGGCGAUUGCAAAUCGAUUGAAAGAGCAGGGGAUCAGUACGAAUGUGGUUAGUGGGUAUUUUCACGAUCAUCUUUAUGUGCCCGUUGAGCGGGCGCACGAGGCGAUGUCUGCUUUGGCGGCAUUGAUUGAGGAAGCCAAGGCUGCUGUUUGA